UAUUCACACACACACAAACAUCGUACAAAUAACAUGGGCAAGUAUAUUCCUCAAUUCAUCUAUACCAGUUCCUCCCACACAUGGAGUUAUUUUCUUUCUCUCACUCCUAUUUCUUCUUUCGACUCACCACAUUGUCUGAUUCGAGAGCAACACCAUCGUCAUUCCGCACUUGCUCCAUCAGACGUUCAAGUUUUGAAAAUCCUCGCGUCCAACAUUUUGUCUUUUUUUGCACUUCACAUGACUGUUGAAGAAAACGUGGAAUAUAUACCAUACCACACGUGUAUCUGGACAUAAGUACAUUGAUACUCCUAAACCAGCUCCGUAUCCUGGGCGAGUUGACGAUAAAGCAUGCCGAAAGGUGAACUACCAACAAGAUUCUUACAGCACUCAGAAACCAAAGCUGGCAAGGCUGGUCAACCAAGCCCCCUUGCGAUGCUAGCUGCAACGUGUCGAAAAAUAGGUGGACCUUUGGCCGUACACGAACCAACCAGACAACCAACUAUACCUACACCACAUCCCACGAAGCAAGAUCAUAAAUUGCUCAAAUCGCCAAUGCCAGCAACCGCAGCGGUGCUGCCGACCUCGCACGCGGGAAGGAGAUACGAGCUUCCGCCGACACCUCCCGCCGAAGCUACAGUGCCUGUCCGCUGUGAUUGUAGCGGUGGUGUCAUGCACCACUUGCCUCAUCCAGCUCAUCCACCGUGCUUGAAACAUCUCUGGUCAGCCGCCGUUCCUCAAACGUCAGACAUUGCAGCGAUAUCGUCGCCGUUUUAUCCCGGACACCACCAUCCAGCUUUUCACCAUCAUGUUCACCACCACUCGUGUCACACGAUACCAGGCAUUCACCACCCCGUACCGCAUCCAUACUCACCGUGCAACGCAGCACCAAGCCCACCGACCACGCCGUCAUUUCAUCACCAUCACCAUCAUGGACUAUCCCCCGUCUCUCCACCUACAAUCAACAUCCCAAGUCCUUCCUUCAGCGUCCCGAGUCCUGUACGUUUAACCCCUCCCGGUGAAGACACCCAAUGGUGGAGCCUGACACCGCGCUCAAACCAACAACAUUACACGCAAUCACUCGGCUCUCAUCCUGCCCAAACUCUGGGGCUCUAUCCUCACCAUCUCGAUGCCCGGCCCGUAAGCUCCAUCACCAAGCUCGCCGCACGCCGUUGCAGACGAUGUCGAUGCCCGAACUGUCUCAACCCGUCCAGUUCGAACGAGCCCGCCAAAAAGCGACAACAUAUUUGUCACAUUCCUGGUUGUGGUAAAGUGUACGGGAAGACCUCGCAUCUCAAAGCUCAUCUUCGUUGGCAUACAGGCGAACGCCCAUUCGUCUGUAAUUGGCUCUUCUGCGGGAAAUCGUUCACGAGAUCAGACGAGCUCCAGCGGCAUCUUCGCACACACACGGGCGAGAAGAGAUUUGUAUGUCCCGAAUGCGGCAAGCGAUUUAUGAGAAGCGACCACCUUAGCAAGCAUUCGAAAACCCAUGCUGCUCGAAAAGAAACGACGAUAAAUCAAGGGGACCAACACGACUCCGACAGUGACAGUGAAGAUGAAAUUGUUGAUGUUACUUCAGAAUAACUUAUUAUAUUCUACUUGAAGAGCGGCACAU